AUGUUUGGGCCUAAGAAAUGGGCUUGGGUUCCGAGGCUCCCAAGUAACCCGGAACCUCCACUUCUUGGUCCAUCAAUGGGCCUCAUGACAAUUUAUUACCAUCCAUACCACAACCCACUCAAGCAAACCCCGGCGUGGCGUGUCGUUUGGCGUGGCAUGUGUGCAAGCGCAUAUGAUGAACUUUCGCAUGUCCAAAUCGGGUUUCUUCUUGGGGGAGGUAGAAGUGAAAAUGAUGGUGACAGAGUUUGUUGGAAGAAGAAGUCAAAAUUCUUUGAUCUCGAGUACUGGAAAUACCUUCCUGUGAGGCAUGCCCUUGAUGUUAUGCACAUCGAGAAAAAUGUUUGCGAUAGUAUCAUUGGUACGUUGUUGACGAUCCUUGGAAAAAAUAAAGAUGGGAUUGCUGCUCGUUUGGAUUUAUUGAACAUGGGGGUCAAGACUAAUUUGAAACUCGAGUAUGGAGAAAGACGUACUCGCUUGCCUCCAGGGCCUUGGAAUUUGUCAAGAGCAGUUUGCAAUUCUUUCUAUGGUAUGAAGGUCCCUGAAGGUUGCACAGUGAGUUUAGUUGAUCGGGACUUGUUGAAUCAGGCACAUCUAUAUGUCUUAGAGAAUACGGAGGAAGUUCUACCUUAUAUCGAAGAACAUAUGAUCCACAUCAAGGCCACUUAUCCAAAAUUUAGAAAGAGAACAAAGUGGCUACAAGAUAAGCACAAUACCACUUUCAUUCAAUGGCUACGUUUUAAGGUUCAAAGUCAACUUAAUGGGGAAGACAAUAAUGGUGUAUCAGAAAAUUUGAGGUGGCUAGUAGCUGGUCCAAGCAUGGCAGAGCCAUCAUAUAGGAGCUAUCUUAUCGAAGGUAUUAAAUUUAACACCAAGGCACAAGAUGAUGUACGUGCAGUUCAAAAUAGUGGAGUUUAUUUACUUGCACAUACUAUGCAAGUUGCUUGUGCCAAGGAUAAGAACCCAAUUGUCUCAAAUUUGGGUUUUUAUGGUGUCAUUCAAGAUAUUUGGGACCUUGAUUACCAAAAGUUUACAAUCACAGUAUUUAGGUGUGAUUGGAUAGAUAGAACUUCUGGCCUUGUAGUUGAUGAACUUGGAUUUACCCUUGUAGAUCUGAGUAAAUUUGGACAUAGGAAUGACCAAUUUGUUAUGGCUUCUCAAGUCAAACAAGUAUUUUUUGUUGAUGACCCAAUGCAUCAUGGUUGGUCAGUAGUGUUAUCAAUGCUUAAUAGAGAAUAUAAUGAUGUUAUUGGUGAUGAUGUCUUAGGUGAUGUGAGAAUUAAGUGUGAGCCAUUUACUAAAGGGAUACCACAUUUGAUGAAUUAG